GUAAGUACUGCAACAGAUUGUAAACUGAUCUCCAUCUUGAAGGUUUUUAUUAAAUUUUAUCGAUGAAAAAAUUGAGAUAUUUGUCAUAAAAACAAAACAAUUUUUAUGAAAAAUAUGAAAUAACAAUGAAGAAAGAAAGAACAGCCGAUAACAGCAGACCGUAUAAAUUAGCUCAUCAAAUAGUGAGUUUGACAGGUAUAAGUUUUGCAAGGAAAAGUAUUAUUGGCUUUGUUGAAUUGACGAUAGUUCCUUUGAGAGAUACAUUAAGACUUGUAAAACUUAAUGCAAAACAAUGUAGAAUAUAUAGAGUAUGCUUAAAUGAAUCUAAUGAAGCACCAUUUCAAUACUUUGAUCCAUUUCUAGACAUAUGUCAAGGAGAUGGUAAACAACGAGCACUGGAAUUCUUUUCAAAUCUUCAUUUAUCAGCAGCGCAAAAGGUUGAUACAGAUAAUAAUGUAGGCGAAUUAGUUGUACAAAUUCCACCAGAUGCAGCUCAUUUAGUUGGAGAAGGCCGACCUUUAAGGAUUGGUAUUGAGUUUUCAUUAGAGCAACCACAAGGCGGAGUACAUUUUGUAGUACCAAAUUGUGAAGGCACUUUAGCAGAAAGAGGUGCUCAUAUGUAUACGUACAGUUAUGAAAAUUCAUCAAGAUUGUGGUUUCCCUGUGUUGAUAGUUUUGCAGAACCUUGUACUUGGAAAUUAGAAUUUACAGUUGAUGAUACUAUGACAGCAAUAUCUUGUGGAGAUCUAGUAGAAGUUGUUUUUACCCCUGAUAUGCGCAGAAAAACCUUCCAUUACGUUCUCAACACUCCAGCGUGCGCUCCAAAUAUUGCUCUUGCUGUUGGACCUUUUGAAAUAUUUGUGGAUCCUUAUAUGCAUGAAGUAACGCAUUUCUGUUUACCACACUUGUUACCGUCCUUAAAAGUAUCCGCAAAGUAUAUGCAUGAGGCAUUCGAAUUUUACGAAGAAACAUUAUCCAAUAGAUAUCCAUAUUCCUGUUAUAAACAAGUGUUCGUUGAUGAGAUAGACGAAGAUAUUAAUGCAUAUGCAACUAUGAGCAUUUUAAAUACAAAUUUAUUGCAUUCUACUGCAAUUAUUGAUCAAGUUUACAUUACAAAGAAAGCAAUGGCGCAAGCAAUUGCGGAACAAUUUUUUGGUUGUUUUAUAUCAAUGCAAAAUUGGUCUGAUACUUGGUUACCAAAAGGCAUAUCAACAUAUUUAACAGGAUUAUAUGCAAAAAAAUGUUUUGGCAAUAAUGAAUACAGAGAAUGGAUCCAAUCAGAACUUCAAGAGGUCGUAAAAUAUGAAGAACAAUUUGGAGGUAUCAUAUUGGAUCCAUCUCAACCACCUGCUCCUUUACCCAUUACAGCAAAUACUCCAGCACCUGCUCCUAGAGCACCUGAUCCUGGUUUUUAUUUUCCUAUAAAAAAUUUACAUACUAUGUCACCGAAAUACAUUGAAGUACUUCGGAAAAAAGCCCAUUUAGUUAUAAGAAUGUUAGAACAUAGGAUAGGCCAGGAAUUACUUCUUCAAGUCUUCAAUAAACAGUUAUCACUUGCUGCAAAUGCAGCUCAACAAAAAAUAGACUCUGGUCUGUGGUCUCAUAUGUUAAUUAGUACAAAUGUGUUCACAAAGGCUAUUUUUACAGUAACUGGGAAAGAUAUGGCUGUUUUUAUAGAUCAGUGGGUUAGAACAGGUGGCCAUGCUAAAUUUAGCUUAAGUUUCGUGUUCAAUAGAAAAAGAAAUACAGUGGAGUUGGAAAUUCGGCAAGAUACAAUCCAUCAAAGAGGAAUUAGAAAAUACGUAGGACCAUUACUGGUGAACAUUCAAGAAUUGGAUGGUACUUUUAAACACACUUUGCAAAUUGAAGGUACUUCUUCUAAAGCAGAUAUAACGUGUCACAGUAAAAGCCGUAGAAAUAAGAAAAAAAAGAUUCCACUUUGUACAGGAGAAGAAGUUGAUAUGGAUCUUUCUGCGAUGGACGAUUCUCCAGUUUUAUGGAUAAGAUUAGAUCCAGAUAUGACUCUAAUGCGUGCAGUUCAUAUUGAACAACCAGAUUAUCAGUGGCAGUAUCAGUUAAGACAUGAAAGAGACGUAACAGCUCAAUUGGAAGCUAUAGAAGCAUUGCAAAAUCAUUCAACACCUGCAACAAGACUUGCAUUAACAGAUACCAUUGAAAAUGAACAUUGUUAUUAUAAAGUGCGACUUAAAGCAGCACAUUGCUUGACAAAAGUUGCUAAUGCAAUGGUAGCAACAUGGGCAGGACCACCAGCGAUGUUAGCAAUUUUUCGAAAGUUAUUUGGUUCUGCAUCUUGUAGAAGAAUUAUUAAACAAAAUAAUUUUUCAAAUUUUCAACACUAUUUUUUACAAAAAACUAUACCUGUUGCAAUGGCAGGAUUGCGGAAUGCUCAUGGCAUUUGUCCUCCUGAAGUUUUGUCCUUUCUAAUGGAUUUAUUCAAAUAUAAUGACAAUAGUAAAAAUAGAUAUUCAGAUAAUUAUUAUAGAGCAGCUUUAAUUGAAGCACUUGGAGCAACAGUAACGCCGGUCAUUAGUGUGCAACAAGGGACAGCUAUCACUGCUGAAUCUUUAUCAAUUGAUACAAAGGCUAUAUUAGAAGAAGUUACAAGGAACUUGAAUUUAGAAAAAUUAUUACCUUGUUAUAAAUAUACUGUUAGCGUAUCUUGCUUAAAAGUUAUAAGAAUUUUACAAAAAUUUGGCCAUCUUCCAAGUAAUCCUCAUUUAUUUAGAUCCUAUGCAGCAUAUGGGCAAUUCAUUGAUAUAAGAAUUGCAGCUCUAGAAGCUUUAGUAGAUUUUACAAGAGUCGAUGGUAAAUGGGAAGAUUUGGAAUUUUUGUUAGACAUGGCAGAGAUGGAUCCACAUCCUGGAGUACGUCAUAGGCUAGUAAGAUUAAUGGUUGAGAAUCCACCAUUCGAAAAAGGUCAAAAACAUCACUUAGACAAACCUGAAUUAGUGGAUCGCAUUUGGAACUUAAUUAAUGGUAUGCUUUCGCACGAUGCCAAAUUGAGAUGCGACUUAGUUGAUUUAUACUACACUCUGUAUGGUGUAAAGCGACCUGCUUGUCUUCCGAUACCAGAACUUUCACUUCUUACUAAACCUAAAAAAAUUGGUCCUCAAAAUAGCCCCGAACGAGAAGUAAAACCAAAUAUUCAACAUAUAAAACAUGAAUCAGUUAUUGAAUUAGAUAAUAUUAGCGGAGCUAAUAAACGCAAAGCAUCGCCAAGUAAAGAUAUACCAGGACCAUCUAAUUCUACUGAUUACAUUCCAGAAGUAAAACGUAUGAAGCAAAUAAACAAUCAGGAAGGACGUAUUACACCAGUACCUAAUGAUGGUAAAGUAAAAUCGGAGUAUUAUAGUGAUAAUUCUGCAUCUCUACCAGGUAUUAUGGGAACGCAAGGCCCUGUAGGUUUUGAACCUGGAAUGUUUAAAAAAGACUCGGAAGAACAUAAACAAAAAACUGAUUCUAUUAAUAAAAAUAAGAAAAAGAAGAAAGAUAAGAAGAAGCACAAGCAUAAACAUAAGCAUAAGCACGAUCAUAAACAUGGAAAAGACAAAGAUAAAAAAGAUAAGGAUAAAACGAAAGAUAAAGAAAAAGAUAAAGACAAAGAUAAAACUAAAGAUAAAGAUCCAUCAUCAACGCUUAAAGUUAAAGAGGAAACUUUAAGUUCUGCGAGUUCUAGUCUUAGUCCCGACGCAACUACUGCAACUAAUGAAUUUAUUUUUCCAUAAUAAAAAUAUGUAAAUACUUUUGUUACUGUAUAUAUUUUAUAUAAAUUGUAA